AUGGGGGACAAGCCUGCAGGCACGAUCGCAACAGAGGCAUUGUAUGCGACGGCGGAAAGGUGCAGGGAUAGUUAUCCGGAGGCCGCAGACAUGAUACGUGACUCCACGUACAUGGACGACCUGAUUGAUUCGUGUGAGGGGGCAUCGAGAGGCAUAAAGUUAGCGGAAGAUGUGUCGACGGUCAUGGGAACAGGCAACUUCCGGAUUAAAGGCUGGAGGUUUACCGGCGGAAACGGAACUGGGUCGUCGGUGCCAUUACUUCCGUCCGGUGGCGACUCGGUGCGGGUGUUGGGUAUGUUGUGGGACAAUGUGGCGGACGAGUUUCACUACCGGGUGAAGAUCAAUUUCUCGAAGAAGAAAAAGGGCGUGAGAAUGGAGCCGGACGUCCGGUGCCAGGAUCUGGGGGCGUCGUUGCCGGCAACGCUCACGCGCCGGCUCGUGUUGGAGCAGGUCAUGGGUAUAUUUGAUCCGUACGGUUUUCUUGUGCCUUUUACGAUGAAGGCGAAGUUUCUGCUCCGCGAGACGUGGAUUUGGCGGCUGGGUUGGGAUGACCCGCUGCCGGAGGUGCUGCGGCAGAAAUGGGAAGAAUUUUUUAGUGGGAUGUACGGGAUUGAGGAACUGGCCAUAAGUCGAUGUGUGAAGCCACGAGGCGCUGUGGGGGCCCCGAUAAUGAUCACGUUCUCAGAUGGCAGUGAGAAGGGGUAUGGUGCUGCUGCGUAUCUGCGUUGGGAUUUGGAAGGAGGGGGAGCAAAAAGCUCACUUGUUUUGGCCAAGGGGAGAGUUGCGCCGGUAAAACGGAUUACCGUGCCACGGCUUGAGUUGAAUGGUGCGGUUGUUGCAAAGAGAAUCCGGAGAUUCUAG